AUGGGUUCACAUAUAACGAUGUUCGCGGUAGUGUGUAACACUACGGGCUGCAUAANNNNAGAUGGUGUAGCAGCAGUAGAAAGGUUCAUCAGAGCGAAGUACGAACGGCUAGAGUACGUACCCAAGGGGAAUCCUCCACCACCAUGUGAACUUGUGUUACAAGGUAGAGAUGCAGACGUAUAUAAUACAACAUCAUCUAAGCAUGGACCCAAGGCGGAUAGAGCUGAGCAAGUUCCCAAGCCAUCACGGUCUUCACAGAAAAAGGAACAACAUAAGAAACACAAAGAGCCCGAAAGUACGGAGUCCAGUACGGUGGGCAUGGAAGACCUUUUGGACCUCACAGAUUUCCCUGUUACUUCCUCUGGGAAUAGUUUUAAUAAUCCCAAAAGUGGAUGUCUGAUCGAUGAUAAUUUUGGGGAUUUCGGUGAUCUUAUGAGUGGAGAUUUGAAUCCAACUAAGAAGGAGGUAAAGACGAAGACGAGUAUGCUGUUUGGCGACGGGUUGGACGACGAUCUCUUUGAUCCCUUUGCGAAGCCGACUCAGCAGAGCUCGGCGAGUUCGAUGAAGACAGUGAGCCAAUUGGCGCAUAAGAACGAGUUCAACAUAUCCAGCUUGUAUUAUCAAAACCCAACUCCGUCCUCCUCAACGUCGUCAUCAUAUAAAGUGAACUCUGGAGGUGGUGUUGGUUUAUCAUCUUCCAACGGUUUGGUCCAAGCCCCUGUAGUGAAUGCCAAUAGCCGAGCACAGUUAGGGGGUAACUGGUCGUCAUCAUUGAGCGGAAAUGCAGCAACACCGGGGAGACCUGGCGGGAGUAUGAGUCAGAAGUCGACGACGGAGCGAAGCGGUUCGAGUGGAUUCAAUUCCCUUGAUCCGUUCUCGAUCCUGAGGUGAUCUCGUCGGCGAGUUAAUUGCUGCUGUGUCGGUAGCAUAAACUGCUUCUACUAUUAUACAGACG